GACUAAAAUCGUACUUUUGAAUGAAAGACAAGGCACGUGAAAACUCAUUUCUUACGCAUUAUACUAUUUUUUAAUCAUUUUAGUCAAACUGUCUUGUUUUUUAUUUACAAAUAAUACAAACACUCGUUAACUUAUUAAAUAUUUUACAAGUAAUGCCCUUUUAUCGUAAACCGAGAACUUUUAUACCUUUAUCGGCAAUAGCAGAGAAGAAAUCUGUAAAGAACGGAGUCCACCACGCGAUAUUCACGUCGAGGUUCGAUAAAUACGUAGGAGACUGGAAGAAUGAUUUAAAAGAAGGUAAAGGAUUAUUUUUAACUUUUACUGGAAAAUUAUAUGAAGGAGAUUGGCAUAAAGGAUUUAGACAUGGAUUCGGAACGCUAAGUUACAGACUUCCAAAUGGCAUGUUCUAUUUGGAAUAUCGAGGGGAGUGGGUACGGGGUAAACCAGAGGGCGUCGGCUGGCGAUACUACGAGAACGGCGAUAUUUACUUCGGCUUCUGGAAGAGAGGCCAGUGGCACGGCUAUGGGAAGAUGUGGUACAAAAACGGUACAUAUUACGUGGGGUAUUGGAAUAUGAGCAAACGGGAGGGGCUUGGUAUGUUUGUACAAGAAAAUGGAAAUCGAUACGAGGGUCACUGGGAAAAUGAUAUGAAGAAUGGCUUAGGUCGUUUCUACCACUUGCACACCGGACAGCUGCAGGAGGGGGUCUGGAUACAGGGGGUCUGCAUCAAAUCCAUGGUCUCCGAUAUCAUCAUACGACAGUUUUGCGAUCUGCCCACGGAAUAUCCUAUUCCUGCGGAAACACUGAGAAAUUCGAAAAAGAUUUUAGAAAAAAGUGAAGUUUGGCUAAAGCAGAAAAUAGGACAGGUUGACAAAAACUUAAAACACUGCAUCGAUCAAAUGUGAUGUUUAUUUUGGAAAAUAAAAUCAGAUCAUUAUAUUGUGUACAAAUAAAAUUGUUGGUUUGUCUUCAACGGCCGAUUCACAUUAUUCUAGUUGCUGGCUCCAGUAAAUUUAUUCCAGGGAAUCCAAUUCCCUUGAUCUGGAAUGGAUCCAUCUAAAUGACAGUGGAUCGAGCUCCAGACUAGGCUAGUCCUACUAAAUUGAAAAAACCACCAUGCCAAAAUACCACCAGCUUGCCAGUAAUAAUAUAGGUGUGCAACUAGAAUAAAGUGGUCCGUCCAUUAUUACAUUUUAAAACCUUAUACAAAUUCAAUUUGAAUAGAAUUUUAUUAGUAUGUCAUUAUCAUUAUCACAGUAAUUAAUUAUAACUGAUUUACUGAGUAAUCUUUGUUGUUAGUAAUAAUGCACAUUAGAGACGCAGGUCUAAAGCGUUCGGCGAAUGUGCCACUAGGCGGAGUGAAUUUGCUCGUCGCAAAUCGAAAACGAGUUCAGAAACUCGCCAAACACGUUAGGACAACGUGAACUAGGGGCAUUUACAUUCUUCAUAAAUAUACGUUAUAUAUUUACGGCCGGUUCAUAUUGAUAUAAGUAGUUCAGUUUAUUUUUGAACUUAACGCCACUAGUAUCUAUAUUAUACCCUAUCGGCACAAAGUCUGUCUGUCUGUUUGGCUUUAUCAUUUGUAUGGGAUUACGUAACAGAGAUAGCACUAUACAAAUUUAAUUCCGCGGAUAGGGUAUAGAGUAAAUUCAGUGUCCAUUGGCAGCUUAAUAUAAUAAUGUGAACCGGAAAAUACACUGGUAGGCUAAAGUGCACUACCUGCCUACCUAUUCAUAAAUGUGUCUUAUAUUUAUUACUAAACAAUAUAAAAUUCAUUGACUUAACAAUUCUAAUAUUGGCUUAUAGGUUUUUAAGAGACCUAGAAAGUCUAGUUUCCCAUCUUUUGCGGGUUUCGUAAUUGACGCGGGCACAUUGAGGCUAAGUACCGUUCAAAGGUUUGUAUUAUUUCUAAUGAACUAAUAAGUACUUACCUACCUAUAUACCUAAUAAAAAAAUUAGAACACAUAAUAAAUAAUAGUUGUGUAAAUGUCUUAUUAUGUGUUUUUAGUACCCAGGGCAACCAUGAGUUUCGCAAACUUUGUAUGAAAAAUUGUGGUUCAUUACGUGACCGCUAGGAGCACUGUAUAAUUUAUUUUGUUUACACAAAAUAUUUGUAUGAAAAAUUAUCGUUACACGUCCGUUAGAUACCUAGUAUCUGCAUACAACACUAACGAACGUAGCAAAUGACUUUGUUUUCUAAGGUGUAUUUCCACUGAAGCCGAAAUGUGUCCAAUCACGUUAUUGUUCGAUGAUGUGAUAACUUUAUCACGUCUCUCAAUAAUCUCUGAUUGGUCGAUCAACGUCUCCGCUCCGUUAAUUUUCACUCGAAUCGCACCCUUAGAUCGAAAUCUAAUAUUUAAAAGGAGAAGGUGACUGACUGACUGAUCUAACAACCCUUUGUUCACAUAAGGACAAACAUUUGACAACGAGUAGUUUGUCAAGAAGAGCGCAUUACAACGUAUCCUAAGUAUGCGCUUAAUUUUUUUAUAUGCAUAGAUUUACAAUGGUCCCAUUGACGUAUUUUUAAUUGCAAACAUUUGGCGCCAUAGGAAAUUAGAAACAUAAAUGGCGGCGACGGCCGUUGACACGAUCUUAUUUGAAUAAUAAUGCAAUAUCUAUCCGAGUUGGUGGUCGAAUGCUCUCGUGCGUAUGUACUGUAGGUAUGAUAAACACAUGCAUGAUUUAUGGAUAUUCAUAUCCGUUGGUAGGGGUGCCACAAAUAUAUUCAUAAUCUUACGGACAUAGAGGUCUGUAAUUGUUCUAUCAAUAUUAUCACGCGAUACGCGACAACACACAUCUGUAUCGAGGAAAUAUAGAUUGAUUUGUCCAGGAUCACAAUGCAUCCGAGAUCACGAUAUUCUUGAAAUCCUGCGAUCUAAGAAUCGCGAUACAAUAUUGAUAGUGUAACACCCCCAAGUUCGGCCACUGUUCGGCAUUCCGGACCAGUGGUAGAUUUUUUGACGAUUCAAAAGCACUUGUAAAACUUUAAUUGAAUAAAAACAUUUUGAAUUUUGAAUUUUUUUGAAUAACAUUCCAAUAACUAAACCAAAGUAGGUAGAUAUGUUUAUAAAUAAAUAUCUGAUAUGUGUGUAGGGUUUCGGUAAGUGAGCUGUCACGUAACUUAGAAGUUCGAAAAUUAAAAUUUCCUGAAAUCCAGGUAGAUAUCUGUGAUAAAAAUAUGGUACCUACCUUACUUAAAUGGUAGGUAGGUACUUAAGUACUUUUAUUGAGUCUCAAAAUAAAUUAACAUUUCCUAAUUAACAUCGCCAAAGGUCACGUUUUCGAAAACCUUACUUUAUUUACAGCGCAUACCUACUUUAACCGCACCAAUAACUACAAGGUCAGUUUAUGGAACUGAUAACAAGCGCCCGACCGCGAACAUAAUGCCGGUAGGUACAGUUGUACAAGUCACGAUUUACAAGGAUAAGCCUUUGCAAACGACAACUUUUUCGCCACCUAAGGACAGGCGUAUAUCUGGCUAGGCGCAGCGCAGAGCAUAUUUCACUGCCGAACUAUUAUCGACUUAGCUUACGUUGAAAUAAUAUCAAAAAUCAAUUGGCAAAACUCUGUUUUACUUUCCCUAUUACUAGUAGUUGUGUUAAUUGAUUUUCGAUAGUAUUUCAAAACGAGCAGUCAAUAAUGGUUUGGCAGUGAAAAAUGUUCUGCGCUGCGCCUCGCCAGAUGUGCGCUGGCCCUAUGAGCAUCGAACGCCAUAAGCGUUAGUAAUAACGUCUUCCCGACCAAACAUGCGGCCACCGGGGCCAAUCUUCACAGAUAAGAGAUUAGCUAUCUGCACGGGAGAUAUUAUAGUGCACAAGUGUGUGCGUAACGCACAAUAGACGGAAACGUUUAAGUACGGAAACCUGCCCAGAUAGAAAAGCAAAGUGUGUGCGCAAACACAGAAGCACUUUAUAUUCACUCUCAUGUAAGAUGUGACGGAAAUCUGACACGACUGGAGAGAGGUCAAGCGCAGGACCGAUUUCUUUACGUGCUCUCCCGCGGCGCCGGGAUGAAACUCCGCCGGUAUCAUUAUAUUCAAUGUAGAAGAUGCUAUGAAUAAACUAAAUAUAAUAAGUAUUACAUAAAUAAUUCCCUGAAUUUCCAAUCAAGAUUUGAGCAAAUACAUAUUAUUUUGGGGGUAGCUGUACAAAAACUAUAAAAACGUGCAAAUAACAUCCUAUGAAUGAUAUUAUUACUUAAUUGGUUUUGAGCCCUUGAUUGGCUCAUUGUUCUUUCUGUAGAAAAGGUUUUCAAUUUACCAUUGUGAGACAAUUCUAAAUCGUUAAGGAUUUUUUUUAUAAGUACCUAACUGAACAUAAUAAAAUUAUUACACCGUAACUAGGUAUAUUAUUUUAUUUAAAUAAUUUGUUAAGUAAUUUAUCGUAAGUCCAUUAAACACAGUCUGUAUUUUUUUUUUGUUACGAAUUAUGACUAUUGUAUGAGAUUCACUUUUGGGUGACAUUGAUCAUACAAUGAUAUCCUUAA